GUUAUCACGGGUCAGGGUCUGGGAAAGGUGUGUCCAGGCUCUUGGUCUCUUGUUUAUGGUACUGAAAUAAGGACUCAUGUUUUACAAAAUGAGCAAAGUAACUUUAUCCAAAGCAAAUCAACAGUAUAGAUCAGAAAUUACCAGAACUGGCAGCAGGCUACCUAAGUGAAGGUGCUCAAGGACCCAGAUUAUUGUGUGGCCUUCCUUUUAUGGUGUUCAAGAGGAGGAGGAGGAGCUGGUUACUAGGGGCAUAGUUUGGAUGGUUCUAUACUUUGAUAUAUAGAUCCAGUUCCUUAACCAUUUUUUUUCUACUGUGAAUGUUCCUUCCCAUAAUGCAUGUCAUUUUAACCAGAUGUGUGCCAAUUAUGCAUAGGCAUAGGAUGGUAAGUAAUGGAUUCUCCCUAAAAGUUCACUUGGGGACCCAGUUUUACCUUAUUGAACCUAUGCUCAAGCCUAGUCUAGGCCACAUUGUUCCCGCCACUUCAUACCCAGACAUAGUGGACCACAAUUGAAUAGAAUGCAACUUUGAUGGUUGUCAAGAGGAAGAGAAUGUGCUCCAUUGUUCAGAGCAGGGUGUGCACGCACGCAGCUCUUUGCAGGUGAGGGUUCUAUGGUGCUAACACUUUCCAGGUGCAUUUCUUGGAGUAGGGUGUGUGUGUAAAGCACACGCAGGUAAAAGACCUAGGCUGCCAAUUGUAUUUUGAAUAGAAGUGUGUACACAGCUCCUAACAAGUACAGUCCCAGGUUAUUAAGUUUAUGCUUACCUGCCUCAGCUAAGUCCUUAAGACAAGAAUCUUCACAAAUCUUAGGACCUGCGUGUAGCAAAUUUCCAUCAGGUUUUUUUUUGGGGGGGGGACUUCUGAGGAUUUGCCCCACACCCAUGACACUUGACACCUAAAUACUUCCAUUGUGUUUCUUUUCCAAACCUGUGUUAUUAUCCUGUAGGGAUCAGACACACAGCCUUGUAAACCCAGGACUCAGCCAGUGAUUGCUUUGGUUAUCAAAGGCACACUAAGAAAUGAGUGGCCUUCGCAUAGUAAUUGUGGGCUCACUAAUAGAGCUCACUCUAGCUCAAACUUUGGGUCUACUGAUCUGCAACCACAACAGAAGAGGAACUCUUGCUUUCCAAUUCCCAGUCUGGUUUUCCAUGAGAAAUUCAAAGCCAGGAGCAGCAUACAAGAGGAAUGAUGAGGAACAUUUGGACUGGAGACAAUGGACAAAGCAGAGAAAGAAAAAGAAAAAAGCCACUGUUGUAGUCCCAAAGAAUGGGGGACAAGUAGAAAUAAUUAAUCCCAUCUGUACCUCAAAUGUUUUAAGGGAAGAGCUAUGCAAACUGAUUCAGUAAAAAAGUUCAUUUUUUCUAAGAGCUAACUGACUUGGCCUCUGUUUAAGAUAUUACUAUCCCAGCAUCAGAAAAAUCAAUAGCCCUCACCCAGGAUCUACGAUUACAAAUUUCAAGCAAUCUGAGCCAGAGGCAACCAAUAUUGCUUUAGGAAUUAACAAAUAUACAGUAAGAGAAGUAAAAAACCUACUAAUAGAUACUCAAUACAAUUAAUAUCUCUCUUCUCCUAUGUCCCUAUACAAGCUGGAUUUGUGUCUGGAAAUUAGCAGUGAGUGAAGUUCAAAAUGUCUGGUGGUUCAUUUGGAAUAGUUUAUGCCAUUUAAUUUUAUAGCCCAUCACUCACGCAGACAUUGCUCAGGGCACUUACUUUAUAGCAAUGGGAAAUGUUCUGGUGAAGAGGAGGGAGGCAAUGGGAGAGGGAAGGAGACUACUUGAAGAGAAUAAGUGUUGAAAGGAGGUAUGUGGAUAGGGUGUGUGUUUUGAGGAGGGACUUUCAAGUGCCAUGGUGGACACAGAGUCAAGAAAGGGAAAUUUAGGAGCCAGUAAGAGUCGGAGGUAGACCUCAAGUGAGAACAGAAAAUAUCGUAGCUGCUGACAAAUCUAAGGUGUAGUGUGAGGUCGGCUGAGCCUGGGACGCACAUUGUGAGCUCUUUGAUUUUUCUGCCAAGGACAAAAUCAUGGAUGUGGAAAUGAAAAGCCUACAUUUGAGAAAAGAGGAUCCUCACAUUUGGGGGUCCAAUGCCUCACUCUCCUGGCAGAAGGUCUAACAAUAUCACUACUGGAAGAGCUCCUGAAGAUCUGAACCACACUCAAUCCAUCCAUACUCCCUAUCUCUUCUCCAUCCUUUGCCUGCAGGUGCUGCUCCCCGAACACCUGCGGGAGCGUUUCGUGGCUGCAGCACUUAGCUACAUCACAUGCAGCUCUGAGGGUGAGCUUGUCUGCAGGGAGAAUGACUGCUGGUGCAGGUGCAGUCCCACUUUCCCAGAAUGCAACUGUCCUGAUGCUGACAUCCAGGCCAUGGAGGACAGCUUGCUGCAGAUCCAAGACUCCUGGACCACUCACAACAGGCAGUUUGAAGAGUCAGAAGAAUUCCAGGCCCUGCUGAAGAGGCUACCCAGUGACCGAUUCCUGAACUCCACAGCCAUCUCCCAGUACUGGAUCAUGGACACUAACGUCCAGCACCGCUACCAGCAGCUGGGGGGCAGCUUGAAAGUCCUGUUAAAGAAGAUGCACCGGAUUGUCCGCCGCCUCUUCAAUCUCUGCAAACGCUGCCAUCGGCAGCCUCGUUUCCGCCUACCCAAGGAGAGAUCCCUGUCUUUCUGGUGGAACCGAAUCCAAUCCCUUCUCUACUGUGGAGAAAGCACCCUUUCUGGGACCUUCCUAGAACAGAGCCACAGCUGCACCUGUCCCUAUGACCAAUCUUCCUGCCAGGGCCCCAUCCCAUGUGCCUUGGGUGAAGGGUCUGCAUGUGCCCACUGUGCUUCAGACAAUAGUACUCGCUGUGGGAGCUGUAACCCUGGCUAUGUGCUGGCCCAGGGACUGUGCCGGCCAGAGGUAGCUGAGUCUCUGGAGAAUUUUCUAGGGUUGGAGACAGACCUGCAGGACUUGGAGCUGAAGUACCUGCUGCAGAAGCGAGACAGCCGCAUUGAGGUGCACUCUAUCUUUAUCAGCAAUGACAUGCGUCUGGGCAGCUGGUUUGACCCUUCCUGGAGGAAGCGGAUGCUGCUCACUCUGAAGAGCAACAAGUACAAGCCUGGACUGGUGCACGUGAUGUUGGCCUUGUCCUUGCAGAUCUGCCUCACUAAGAACAGCACCCUGGAGCCUGUCAUGGCCAUCUACGUCAACCCCUUCGGGGGCAGCCACUCUGAGAGCUGGUUCAUGCCUGUAAAUGAGGGCAACUUUCCUGACUGGGAAAGGACUAACGUGGAUGCAGCUGCCCAGUGCCAAAACUGGACUAUCACUUUGGGGAACAGAUGGAAGACUUUUUUUGAGACAGUCCAUGUUUACCUAAGGAGCCGAAUCAAAUCCCUAGAUGACAGCUCCAAUGAGACAAUCUACUAUGAGCCCCUGGAGAUGACUGAUCCCUCCAAGAAUUUGGGCUACAUGAAAAUCAACACCUUGCAGGUCUUUGGCUACAGCCUGCCCUUUGAUCCGGAUGCUAUCCGAGACUUAAUUCUACAGUUGGACUACCCAUAUACUCAAGGUUCCCAGGACUCUGCACUCUUACAACUCAUUGAACUCAGAGACCGGGUGAACCAACUCUCUCCACCUGGCAAAGUCCGGCUUGACCUUUUCUCCUGCUUGCUCCGGCACAGGCUCAAGCUGGCCAACAAUGAGGUGGGCAGGAUCCAAUCCUCCCUGAGAGCUUUCAAUUCCAAGCUGCCAAAUCCUGUGGAGUAUGAGACAGGAAAACUCUGUAGCUAAUGGGGGAACUACCCCAGCACUGGUCAGAAAGUUGAUCCACACAUUCAGGGUGCAAAGAUAAUCGGAGCCCUCACCUCAGUGCCAACAGGAUGCUUCUCUGAGACUUUCAGCACCUGGGAGAUGGGAGCUCAAGGCUUGGACUGAAGCAGGCGAGAGACAAUGAAACAGCCACUGCACACAUGCACAAGUGCAUACAAUCCCCCCCUCGCCCCCACUCACAGGGAGGCCACAGCUCAGCAGCCUCAGAUCUGUCAAGUUGGUGCUCUCAAAAAUGAAUGCAUUUGAAGAAGAGGCAAGGAAGAGAUAAAGAACCAGCUACACCAGGAAAGAAAGGAGGGAAAAUUCUUCGAAGUGAUUCUUGUCAUCCAGGAUAGCAAGAGGGGACACACGUGGGAGGGGCGGGAGACCUCCCCUCUGUGGAGUCACUUUUGUAUUCUUUUUAACCAGAUUUCUUAAAAUGUUGUCGUCGUGUGACUCCCUGCAUCGGUUCUUACUUUUUGUACACUGCCUCCCUGCACCCUGGAGGCCAUGGGCUGGUGGCUUCCGGUGCCACUUCCUUAGAAAGUGUGCACAGUGCUAUGGCGGAGGAGCCAACAGGAAGGGCAGGCCACAGCCUCUUUGCUCACUCCUCACUUCCCCCUCCCCGCCAGACCCCUCACACCUCCUUGGCCUCCCCAGUUUCCGAGUUUUGACUUGUUCCAAGAGCCCCUCCCAGCUCAUCCGGCGCCCUCUUCCCACAGCACUUGUCUGUCCAAGGAAGCAGUUUUGUCAAGUUAGAGACAGUGUAUAUGGAAAUGUUCUUUUCUAAAAAACAACAAAACAAAAAAUAUUUAUUUUGUGAUUGUUUUUUCUUGUCAAUCUGCUCCAGUCAUAUGAAUCUCUGAGUAAAAUUUUACUUGAUUUAAUGCA